ACGUGCCUCAUAAAGUGUAGGACAAAAACAUCACGAGUGCCUACUUCAAAUACAGCACAUGGUCGUAUCUGGCAACUGCCUUUGCAAGUGGAAACGACGCGACCCCAGGUUAAACUAAGUUCGGAUACAGACUUGGGGGAAAAAACAAACUCUCGAAGACUUUGUGUGUUUGCGCGAAGACUGAGCAUUCAGAGGGUUUAAAAAAUCGAUUAAUUAGUGGCUGCUCAAACAUGUCGACAAAGCAAGUGAAGAGCUGCCCGAUUCCUACCAGGGUUCUCACCCUGAAAGACUGGUCUCAACUUCCUGACUGUUACAGCCAGACGCCCGGGGGGACUCUCUACUCCACUACUCCCGGUGGUACCCGCAUCAUCUAUGACAGGAAGUUUCUCUUGGAUUGCAGAAACUCUCCUAUUGCACGCACCCCACCAUGCUGUCUUCCCCAGAUACCUGGUGUGACGUGCCCUGCUACACACCCUGUAAGCAAACUACAGGAUGUUAAAGAGGAGGUUGAAGAGGAAGAAAAGGGCAUGACAGAUGACAACCAGUUUGAGAUGGACAUCUGAGCUUAAGUUUGGCCUCCUAUGGAGAGUCUUCUAUCAAAACACCUCCAUGGUCAGUACUGACCGAAAGUGUUGCCUAUAAGCUUUUUCCCCAUCUUUUUUUUUUUUUUUUAAAUUUUAUUUUGAACAAAGGAUUUUUUGUGGAACCAAAAAAAAAGGAAGGUAGUUUUUUUUUUGUCCCUUACAAAUGUAUAGCUUAGACAUGGUACUGGAUUGGUUGCUUGCUCACAUGAGCAACAAUAGGAUUGGAAAAGAAUAGUUUGAUUUAACUUUUUAUAUCUUUUGUAUAUAUUACGAUGUACUAUGUCUCUUGUUUUUUUAAGUUGGCUAAUACAAAUGACAUGAUAAUUGACAUUAAAAUGGAUGUAAAGGCAGCCUUUUCACUUUAGGCUUUAUUAUUAUUUUUUUUUUCUAAAGUGGGUUUCUCCUAUGUAAGGCACUGCAUUUGCCAACAAGUGUCUACUUUUAGGGGUCAUGGUCUACUGAAAAUGUGCCCUAUGUUUUCACAGGUGGGCCUAAAUGUAAAUAAUUUAAAAAAAUAAAGGCUGUCAAAAUGUC